UGGUUACGUACGGUGAUUAAGAACGUCAAUCGGUGGUUAAAAUGAAUGAACAAUAUGACAAAAAUAAUAUUAAAUAUUUAAAUGUUCAGUGUCACAAAUUUGCGGUUAAAUACAGUUCUUCAAAACUUACUCGGCUGUGUUUGCACAAUAUCAGUUUGUGCCUUCAAUAAUUACGUUUUACUAGAAAUGAGCCAAACAGUUGCGUUCGGGAUGAGACAUUAAUGAAAUGGCAGUUCCCAUGCUGAAACCCUUAACCAAAGUUUAUAUAACCGUGAUCGUUGGCGCUUGCGUGGUAUUGUAUCAAUACCACCUUUAUAACACAUGGAGCGGUGAUAUCUUUCAAAGGGCGGAAGCCCGGCAAGAUGUGGACACAGAUCACAAUUUCGACAGUAGUCGGGGUAAAGAUCAGUCAAAUAUCCAAAGAAUGAUCAGCGAACUGCAGGCGCAGCGUAAUGUGUUCGCGUCCGCGGACUCUUGGCUCUGGGAUAGGAUGCGCACAGAGCUCAACAGCCAGUAUCAGAUUCAACAUCCGGCCCUUGCUUCCGACCAGGUAUCAAAACCCGAUGUGCCUCCCCUGUACGUCAUAACGCCAACGUACAGGCGGUCAGAACAAUUGGCCGACUUGACCAGGUUGGCGCACACUCUGAUGCACGUUCCGAAUUUGCACUGGCUGGUCAUCGAGGACGCAGAAGUCGCUACCCCUCUCGUAACAAAGUACCUUCAAAGGACGGGCAUGAAUGUCGUCCACCUUACAGCACCGAUGCCAAAGAAAUAUAAAAGUAAGACGGUGAAACCCCGAGGAGUUUCCAACCGAAAUCGUGGCUUGGAGUGGAUUCGCGCCAACGCCACAACCGGCGUUUUUUACUUUGCCGAUGAUGACAAUACUUAUGAUCUACAACUCUUCAAACAAAUGCGCUACACGAAACGUGUGUCUAUGUGGCCUGUAGGUUUAAUCACGAAAUUGGGGGUGAGCAGUCCGGUAGUUAAGAAUGGAACGCUUGUAGGAUUUUAUGAUGGAUGGAUGGCUAAUCGCAAAUUUCCCGUUGAUAUGGCUGGUUUCGCGAUAAACGUUGAGUUUCUACAUUCGCGUCCAGAUGCCAAAAUGCCAUAUAGGCCAGGCUUCGAAGAAGAUGGCUUUUUGAUUAGUCUUAAACCAUUUGAACCCAAAGAUAUCGAGCUAAUGGCCGAUAAUUGCACUAAGAUCUUGGCAUGGCAUACGCAAACAAAGAAGAAUGAACCAUCUUUGCCUUUAGACUUGAAAAAAUAUUCUGAUACGAAUCUCGUGGAGUUGAAGAAGAUUCUUGUCUGAUAAUUCUGCAUAAAAUAACCAGUCGAACAAAUAGAAAAAAAAACAUAAUUAAAAUUACAGUUGAUUCCUAUUACCAUAGGAUAUUAAUAAUAAUAAUUCUAACCAUAGUUUAAAAUUCCAGAUCCAAAAAAUGUCUUUAAAAUUCUUAAGUAACACGACUAUAAAUUUUAGUCAUAUAUACUCAUUUUGCAUUAGGCUAUCGUCUCUUUUUCUUCGAAUAUUUAGCGAAUUAUUAAAUGCGUAAUAUUUAUUACGUUAUCAAAUUGGGCCGAGAACAACUUAUAAUACAUGUGGAAUGCAAACGCAAAAUAAUCGGUCGUGGUUUGUUGUUUAUAUAACUUGGUUAUAGUAUAAUUAGCGAUUAUCGUUUAUUUUGAUACGAAAUUAUUGCAACUAUUCAAAUGUUUUCACAUACAUUCAUUCAUUUAGUUAUUUUAUUUCUAAAGAU